AUGUCGUACAUAAUACAGGGACACUCCUCGAUACCGGUGUUAUUACCACCGUUGCACACGGCCUUCGAGAGCAGAACAAGCUACCAGAGGUUCAGCAGCGUGCAGCUGACAACUGCGGAUGUCACCGCACUACAACAGCUGAACCAGGGCGAGUACAGGUAUAGAAGGAUAAGCAUAAGUGAUCUCGUUGAUGCUACGCCUAGAUCACUGUCUUCAGACUCUGUAUUCUCCCAGGUGACGGAUGGCCACAGCACACGGUCCUCGUCAGUGUCCUCACUGAGCUCUUUGGACGACGAUGCUGGAAAUGGUCACUCUGACGAGCAAGAAGACGAUGAUGAGGAAGAGGAAGAAUUACAGAUGCAGUGCCACACCGGUGAAUGUGCUGAGCAACACUGUCACGACGAGGCCUCUGAGUAUGAGCCAGGAAACAAAUGCACACACCGUUGUGAUCUACAAUAUACCACACAGAGAAAACGCCUACUUCACAUCACUGGGAACUCCUCAAGACAGAGAAAGGGCCCGAGCUGUGAUCUAUGCCAAUUGAAGAAGAUUAAGUGCGAUGCGUAUAUCGAAGUUCUCCUAACAGGCGAGGAGAUUCCAGAGGGCAUAAAGGUUGCAGCUCACACUGCCAAUUGUAAGCGAGUCCUCUCACGAGACCUCAUCAAUCGUUACAUCACCAAGGAUGAAGAAUCACAAGGUUAUAAGCUGCUACUGGCCAACGAUAAGCUCAUCAAGUUCAGAAACUGUGGACAUUGCGAGAGGAAGCACACGCAGGCCGUCUUCUCAAGAGGCUACACCAAAAGAGACGUGAUGAAGUCUAGACUCCGCAUCCACGGUCUUCAAGCUGGCUGCCAGACCGUCUUAGGAGGAAGGUCUGGAGAGAUGGACACUGUGAACUCGCUGCCGUCGGUCAUUGUGAGGGAACACUACGACUAUCUGGCGAAAAUCAUUGUGAUUGGGCCCUCAUCUACAGGGAAGACGUCAUUGUUACACAGGUACUUAACUAACGAGUUGGACCAGCACCAAAUCUCUCAGACAAUUGGAGUGGACUUCAAGUCGAAGAUAUGCUGCACCAAAGACGACGUAAGGAUCAAGCUCCAGCUGUGGGACACUGCGGGACAGGAGAGGUUUCGAUCAUUGACGAGGUCAUACUACAGGAACAGUGCCGGGGUAAUAAUGGUGUUUGAUUUGGCAGAUCUGUCCACUCUGGCCAGCUUGGAUGAGUACUGGCAAGAUGUUAGGGAAUUGAUGCAUAGUCCAAGUGUAGUACUUGUUGGUAACAAGGGUGAUCUUGCACAGGGGUUGAGUGCCGAGGACGUUGAAGCCAUAUGGACAAGAUGGGGUGUAAGCGAUGAGAAUAAGGAGAGGAUCCAGUAUGUUGAGACGAGUGUGAAAGACGGCAUCAACGUCUCUAAGCCGUUUGAGCUACUGGCAGAGAGUCUCUGGAAACGAUUACAAUACGAGGAGAUAGACCCAGAUGACUCUCAGUUUGGAGUUCAGUAUGGUGAUAUACCUUGGAAUGUCACUCUUCAAUCGUUUAAAGGCGCAAGAUCAAGGCUACAUAGACAGUCAAGCAUAUCCUUGGAUCAAUUCCAGACCGGUGUUGGGCAGAACAGGAGUGAUGGUGGCUGUUGGUGCUAA